AUGACUGAGCCAUCGAACGUACCUAUUAAGAGCAUCACCUAUACACACAAAGACGUCGAGUGUGUCUUUCUCGAUCGACUGCUGGGCCGCAGGACACCACUCUCAGCUCUUGCAGGACCAGCGUCGCAGCAACAGGUCCUAGGCUCGCUCGCGACUCUUCCUAUCGAACUACUUCUCAUGGUCCUCGAAAACCUUGCAGUCACCGAUAUGAUGCGUCCCGGCGCUGCAACCGAUUCGCAAUGCACGUCGUUGAUACAGAAUCGUCUCUUCGCCUUUGCUUACAAUUUGCACCAAACACCGUCUUGGGAAUGA